AUGGGCGACAGUGGUUGUGGUAAGACGACGCUGAUCAGCGUACUCGGUUGUAUCCUUACACCGAGCGAAGGUGAUGUUUGGAUUGAUGGAGAACAGAUCGACUACGAAAAUCACGAUCUGUCCCAACUUCGCAGCGAGAAGAUUGGCUUUGUGUUUCAACUGUUUAACCUUAUCCCGUACCUAACAGCGGUAGAAAAUGUGAUGGUCGCCAUGGAUAUUGCUGGCAUGAAGAGCAACGAGGCGGAAAAGCGCGCGGCGGAACUUCUCACUCAGGUUGGGUUGGAACAACGUUUACACCAUCGGCCUGCACAGCUUUCAGGCGGCGAAAAGCAGCGCGUCUCCUUUGCACGCGCCCUUGCCAACACCCCUAAAAUCAUCUUUGCCGAUGAACCCACCGCGAAUCUUGACAGCCGACAGAGCGCGAAUCUGAUGAACCUUGUUCGAGAGCUGCGCCAAGAACACCAAACCACGAUCGCAAUCGUAACGCAUCACGAGGGCUUAAAGAAGGAUGCGGAUCGGGUGAUUCAGAUGAAAGAUGGGCAGAUUGUGUCGGUGUAG